CAUGUGGGAUAUCCUGGGGUGAACCUACCUGACACCGUUCUGACAAUUGGAGAUAGCGUGGUUCAGCUUCCAGAAGACGAUCGUAAUCUUUUGCUCACCGGGAGGCCAUGGCAAUUUCUCGAGCCAGGGCCAGAUGAGAAUGACCUUGCCGAAGAAAUCGACUCAAUCGAAAUCACCGUGGCAGAGCUCAGCGAUGUCAGCGAACGGGUAACCCAAGGUUAGGCUCACAAACCAAGUGCUUUGGCCUCUGCUAAUUCAGCAGUUCCUGUAGCUGCUCGGGAAAUAGACACCCUGAAAGAAGAGUUAUUGCGUCGCCAAAAUCGGCUUGUCCUCCUUCAAAGCCAGCAACAUAGCCCUAGCGACCCGAUGAAUCCGUUCUCAACCAACCUGACGAUAGGAACAGCAAUAGAGUCAACAGGUCGGCAGGAUGCGACGAAACAGUCAAAGAAUGUGGAGCUUGCCAAUAACUCAUCGAGUCAACAUGCUCGGUCCUGUUCUGACACCUAUGAAUCCCCUCAGAACACGGCGAGGCGGUUGAAGGUCAUAGAUCUCAUGAAUAUCUCCUCUAGCCAGCGCGCUCAGUCCACCCCAUAUGUCACUGCAUCACCAAAGGCGGCAGUACCGUCCGAGGACUUGGAGCCUGUGGAUAACCUGUCUCGUCAGCAAAGUCAAUGCCCAACAGGGCCGUCCACACCACCUGUCAGCCAUGCGCGAUCUUCCGCUUGUACGCCGAAUACUGAUGCUAUGUAUUCGCCUAAUGAGACGGAAGAGCAAGUACCCGAUCUCAUAUAUUCACCGUAUUCACCCACUGCGGUGGAAGAGAAUGUAUCCGAUCUCAUAUAUUCACCGUAUUCACCAACCGCGAUGAAAGUGCAAGCACCCGAUGCCAUGGAUUCGCCCACUAUGACGGAAGAGCAAGCGCCCCCAAGCUCGACAGCGUCGUACUAUACAGUUGGCGAAACAAGCGGACUCGGACAGCCGAACCUUGAGGUUCAGGAGCAGGCGCCACCACAAUCCGAGGACACUGGAGCCUGCAAUCACCCUACCUCUUUCCUACACACUCUAUGACGUAUCAUAGACGAUCCCAAAAACUCACAUCUCAUAAGAUGGUCCCACAAGGGGGAAUUCCUUCAUCAUUCCAGAUAGAAACGAAUUUGCUCGC